GAGUGAGAGAGAGAGAGAGUGUGUGAGAGAGAGUGCGUGUGUGUGUGUGUGUGUGUGAGUGUGUGAGAGAGAAACAGAGAGGGAGACGUUUCCCAGCCGUGAGGCAUGUGAGUAAAUCCUGAACUCCCGUACGUCGAGUCGCUCGCGCGCUUCGAAACGGCCGCCGCGGAACCGUUAGCGUUUAGGCGCGCGCUGAAGAUGCAUCCAAACAACUUCGAAUUGAAGGCAAACGGAGCGUAGGAGCGGCGACCUCAAAAGUUUUCCAAGUCAGUCGGAGAGGAAGCGCGGCCACGGGACCUCAGGACGGUGAAUAAUAAUGUUCUGAAGCGGGGGGAAGAGAAAAGGCGAUGAAGCCGGUGACGCGGAGCGGGAGGCGGCGGCCCUUCGCGCGCCUCUGCUGCGGCGGUUUCGGGCUGCUCGCGCUCGCGUGCCUCGCGCGCCUCCAACACCUGACAGUGACAGAACCUUCAAGCUCAGACCCGGCUGAAGACGUCGGCCAUGACUGGAUUGGACGCAAACUGAUGCAAGACAGAAUCGAGAACCACACUCUAGAACCUCCUCGAGCAGCCAUCCAUGAGUUCCCUGAAGACAUCUUUACUAAGGAACAGAGGAAGAGGGGGGCCGUGCUGCUACAUGUGCUAUGUGCCAUUUACAUGUUCUACGCUCUCGCUAUCGUCUGUGAUGACUACUUCGUUCCCUCCCUGGAGAAGAUCUCAGAGAACCUGCACCUCAGUGAGGAUGUAGCUGGGGCUACAUUCAUGGCUGCUGGAAGCUCCGCCCCUGAGCUCUUCACCUCUCUGAUUGGUGUAUUCAUCACUAAGGGGGAUGUGGGAGUGGGAACGAUUGUCGGGUCAGCUGUCUUCAACAUCCUUGUCAUCAUCGGCGUGUGUGGCAUCUUCGCUGGUCAGACGGUGGCUCUUACCUGGUGGUCUCUGUUCCGAGACUCACUCUACUACAUCCUCUCAGUUCUGGCUUUGAUCUUGGUCAUCUAUGAUGAGAGGGUUGUGUGGUGGGAGUCCAUGCUCCUGAUCUCCAUGUACGGAGUUUACAUUCUCAUCAUGAAGUUUAACAGUCAGAUUGCGAGCUUCGUGGAGCACCAUUGCGGUGGUCCAGGCCGGUGCUGCCUGCGAGGAGAAGCCCCUCGAAUCGACGACACUGUGGAGGAUGGAGCCAACUGCAAUACCUCCAUGGUGCUUCUAAGAAAAGGUCAGCCUGGCGCAGCACAGCAGGAAUCUCCAGUAGUGAUGGUGGAUGAGCUGCUGAUCCUCAGGCCUCACCAGCUCUCUUUCCCAGAGGCGGGGCUACGCAUCAUGAUCACGCCCCAUUUCUCACCUCGCACUCGUCUCAGCAUGGCCGGCCGCGUACUCAUCAGCGAAAGACAGAGGCUGAUAAGGGAAUCAGGGCAGAGGGGAAGCCCAGUGAAGACAUUUGGCUCGGGAGGGAUUGAGAACGGAGGGAGUGUGGAGAGACCCCUUCAGGAUGGAGAGAGGAUAGACAUAGAUGGAGCUGUGAAAGCAGAUAACCCUCAGCCUGAGGAAGAGGAGGAUGGGGAUGAAAUCUUCAGACCUCUCCGUCUGCCAGAUGGUUGUGCAGCCCGUGUUAAGUGGGUAGUAUCAUGGCCACUGGGUGUGCUGCUGUACUACACCGUGCCCAACUGCAUUCUGCCCCGCUGGCAUCGCUGGUUCAUGGUCACCUUCAUCACCUCCACGCUCUGGAUUGCCAUCUUCUCCUACCUGAUGGUGUGGAUGGUCACCAUUAUCAGCUACACGCUGGACAUCCCGGAUUAUAUCAUGGGCAUCACGUUCUUGGCAGCGGGCACCAGUGUGCCGGAUUGCAUGGCUAGCCUGAUCGUAGCUCGCCAAGGUAUGGGAGACAUGGCGGUGUCUAACUCAAUAGGCAGUAAUAUAUUUGACAUCUUGCUUGGUUUGGGCUUCCCAUGGGUGCUCAGAACGCUUGUGGUCGAACAUGGAUCAUCGGUGUUCAUCAACAAUAAAGGUCUGGUGUACUCAGUUAUCCUGCUACUAGCAUCCGUCUUCCUCACUGUGCUGAGUGUUCACCUGAACGGCUGGAAGCUGGACCGGCGUUUGGGUUUGUGCCUCAUGCUGCUUUACUCAAUCUUCCUCCUCUGCUCCAUCCUCUUCGGGCAGCUUUAAAAAAAAAAAAUCCUAUCCAUCCUGACUUACAUCCACAAGUCCACCAGUCAAACCAGUUUAGUUCUCGUUUUGAGUUUGAUUCAUUCACACUGGACAUGGUGUUAACCUGAGCUGAAUCUCAGGCCAAGCAGAGACAGUGGAGGAAACUAAAGAGGGACAGAUGGACUAAUAGCUCAGAAUGAAAGAUUCUGAAGCCGCCUCUGUCCGGACGACUAAUGCAGUUACACUGUACAUGUACAGCUUUGUUUUUCAGUUCACACACUGAAUCAUUUCAAAGAGAGUGCCACUUCAUCCAUAAAAGCACCGCUGCCUACUCCUGAGUAGAUAAAACAGCAGUAAAGGUGAUCAUAUAUCGUUCUGAGUUCAAAGUUGUAGCAUUGCUCCUAAAACGUCCAUCUUCUUCAUUGUGGCUGCGUGUUUAGGAACAUGUCAGUAUGAAACAAAUCAGCCUGGAUGAACAAUUGCCUCAGAAUCACAACACAUUUAUAUUCACUUUUAUUCCUUCGGAAGAUGCUUUAUCCAAAGUGGCAUACAAGUGAGACAAAAUCCAAGCACAGACUCCGAUCCAAGCACAACUGAACAGUCGAAGGAUCUGAGAUUUGAACUCACAACAUUGUAGGACACAACUUUAACCACAGAUAUGAAACCAGUAGUAUGAGACCUGAAAACAUGAUGAGGAGCCAGUUGCACCAGCUGAACGCAAGUUCGAUCGGAAGUGACGGUGUAAAGAACUAGCACGGUUCAGAAUUUUGCAAAACAGAGACUGAGUAUAUCAUACCUCAAAGUGCGUAAAACUAUCAUAGAUGAAAUGUUUUGUGAUGUAUACACCAUAACCAGCCAAUCAGAAACAUGAUUUGACGUUAACAGGAAACACUACAUCCACAACCCACAUGGGUAUAGAAACAGGGAAGUGGUUAAUAUCUGUCUAUAUCGGUUUGAUGCCAUGUUCAUUUACACGCUCUGAUACCAACAUCUCGUGCCACGUUGUCCUAGUGCGUGUUCCCUCACUAAUAAACAGCGAUCUGGACGUUUUUCACAGAGUAAUGAUGACAAUCAAAGCAAACUGCAAACUGUGCUCUGCAAAAAUAUCAAAAGGAGGACUUACAGGAUCUUCCUACAAUACAAGUAACCUGAUUAAUCAUCUUCAACAUAAAACUCAAGGAGUACGAGGAGAUCAUUACUAGCAGCGAACACUAGCUAGGAAAGAAAAAUGUCUACUGACAAUGCUAGGUGAGUGAAAAUACCCAGCUCUUACCCAGUAUGUUGUUCUUGACAGUCAGCCACUAUAUGCCACGAAAUGGAAGAAAAAUGUAGGCAAACGUACCAAUGCACUUUUUUCCGAAAAAUAGAAUAAAGUCCUCUCUUCACUGCAACCCAGCUCAAGCCAAGGUAACUAAUGUAGCUAGCUAAUUCAUCAGCACUUCAUUGGAAAUCAACUAGCUAAUGUUAUAAAGAACAAACAUAGUAGCCUAAGUGUGUGAACAUUGGGGAAACAUAAACAAAGCUAAAUAAAAUGUUCCAAUACAUGAUUAAGUAACUUACUCAUUUCGACGAUUAAGUAACUUACUCAUUUCGUUAUCAGUUUUGGUAUUGUUUAAUAUCAAAAAACAUAUACAAAAUCAAUGAUAUAAUAAAGUUGUAGUUUUAUUUAUGGCAAAUGUUGCAUAUACUAGGGGUGGGUGUAGGUUUUAAGUCAUAAAGUUCAAGGAACAAAAACUGAAAAUGAAUGAAAUUUUUCACUUAACUGAAAACAACAAAUUGCUAAACUAGUCAAUAACGUUUUUUUUUUUUUUUUUCCAUUGGAGUGUGAUUUCAGGAAAGUAUAGCCUAACUCUAAAUGUUUUCCCAAUAGACCAAAAUUCUUAAAGUACUUUUCCUUAAGUAUUUUUCCUACAAUGCUAAUAAAAGAAUUUAAAAAAUGCAUUAUUCUGUUCUGGUUAAAUGCAUUAUUUGGUUUUAUUUAUGUUCUAGGCUUCCUAUAAACAGAGUAGGUUAUCAUACAUAAAUAGUGUUACUUACCAUUCUUUUAUUUCCUUCUAACUGGUUUCCAACUAAUAUCAUAAUAUAAAAUACUUUUAUAUUUUAUUUUAUAUCAUUUCUGUUCCAAACAAACCAAAACGAGAUCCCGGCUUGGUAAAACUGUUCAUUUUUUAUUUCGUCACUUAGUUAGUAAACUCAAAGAUGCUGACAUUAACAUUCAGACUUGGCUACGAUCGCUCUUACUUCAGCUGGUGCAACCGGAUGCAGGUGUUUACUGUAUAAAUGAAGAGAAGUGGUUUCAGGUCUUUUGCAGAAGUUCACCUUUUGUGUGCUGUGAUUUUUUUUUUUCUCCCAGUAAUAACUCUGCGUGUUGAAUCAUGCAUGCACCUGUCAGGUAGGAACAGCUCGUUCAGCUCCGAUUUCUCACCUCUAACGUUACAAUUAGUUCGACUUGUGUUUGUAUACUGUAUGUAAUCUUGUGUUCGUAAAGUAACUGUUUUGCACUGACUGUAGCAAUACUUCAGAACUGUGGACAAGGACGUCCCUGUGUGUUUCAGAUUUUAUUAGAGUAACUAGACCUACAGAGAUUUACUAGUAGCAUUUCCUGCACACAAAGAGGCUCAUUGUUUUUUCUUCACAGCUUUGAAACAGAUUUUUAGGAAACAUGACGUGAACUCUUUGGAUUUUUAGCAUUUCUAGAAUAGCACUGUUACUAUUUAAGUUUUUGCAGUGAGCGUCACGAUGUUUGAUAAAAGUUUGUACGGGUUUUGUUAUCCUGGUUGUGUAUGUUUAGGUACGAUCAAUGUUUAUAUUACUGAGAUCUUGAAAUAUAUAUAAGUGUGUACAGCAUUAUUAGCAUUAAAAGUAUAAAAAGUCUUCUUUAUUGUGGCUGAAUGUUUACUAAAAAAAAUUGACAUAGUUUUAUAAAGAACAGAUGUCAGAACCUAGAUUUGUGAUGUUUUUAAUAUUUAUAAAGACUGAAGAAAACAGUAUAAAGUAUAUUGAUAUAGUGUGACUUAUGUUUAGGGCAUGUUUUUAAACCUGUGUUUGAUGGACUGCGUCCUUCCAAAUAUCUUACAGUAGGAUAUGAGUUGUCAAUUAGUCAGAUUAUUGAUUAUCCCCUUAUUUGUCAGAAUGUUUUCCGUAAGAAUUAGAUGUCUUAGUUGAUGUAUAUAUUUAUUUACAAAUUAUUUGUCUUGUUUCUUGAUUAUGGAUUGUAUUUAAAAAAAAAAAAAUCCCUAAUAUAUAUUACGUCACUCAUGUUACUGAACAUUUUCCACUGUAUUGUCACUUUUACCCUCACAUGAGGACUGUACCAUUUGGUUUAUUUCAAGCACACUAGUAUUUAGAAAAGUUACGUUUGUUCACUCCCAACCUUGUGUUCAUUUUUUUAUUUUUUGUGCUCAUCUGUGAGAAGUUCCUCAUCGUCACCGGCUUUAAUGAAGGCUUCAAAGCUCCUCAAAGGAACGGUUUCAUAAAUUUCACUCAUGAAAAUCAUGACACCACAAAAGAAAGGGAACUGUAUCAUGUAGACUCAAAUAAAGUAACUAUUAGAAACCUUUGUAUGUUGUUGAGUGCAAUAAACAAACCAAUGUGCAAUAAGA